GCUUUUCCAAGCGAUUCCGUGUGUCCAAGCCCGCGGGCGCCGCGCCGAAGGUCCGUAAAUGCCGGAGAUGUACGGAGUGCGCGGUGCUCCGCAGCUGCUGCUCCGCGGAUUCCCGACAGAGGGAAUUGUGAAUAACGUGUGAAUAACGCAGUGGCUCGGCUGCGGACUUGCUGUUGCUUUCGGGAACAGGAAGGCCCUGGUCUGCAUUCCUGGUAGGGGAGCGUAUGUGGCGUUCCCAGCAGCUCGCUGGAGCCAGGGGUGCUUUUCCAGGGUAAGGUCCCUGAUAAGCGGGACUUAGCAGUUGCUUGUGGAAACAACAAUUUUAUUUAGCGUUCCUCGGGAAUGUGACCAAGUUUCCCUGUUUAGUUAGAGCAUUAUGCUGCUCGAGGUGUUCCUGGUCCUGGCGACGCUCCUCAUCUACUUCUUCUUUUUCAAGAAGAAAGAAGAGACGCUGCCCUUCAAAGAUGGGUGGUGGGGCAGGGGACAAAAGCCUGUGACUAAAGAAGACUCAAGUAUUCGGCCAUUUAAGGUGGAGACUACAGAGGAAGAGCUGAGUGAUUUAUUUAGGAGACUUGACCAGGCUCGAUUCACUGAGCCACUGGAGAACAGUUGCUUCCAUUAUGGAACUAACUCGGAGCAUCUCCGGAAGGUUGUGUCCUACUGGAAAAACCAGUUCAAUUGGAAGAAACAAGUUGAAGUCCUCAACAAGUACCCGCAAUUCAAAACAAAGAUUCAAGGCAUUGAUAUCCAUUUUGUUCACGUAAAGCCUCCUCGCUUGCCUGAAGGCCAGGCUGCAAAGCCACUCUUGAUGGUUCAUGGUUGGCCUGGCUCAUUUUACGAGUUUUACAAAAUCAUCCCUCUGCUGACGGAUCCGGCGAGCCACGGCCUCGGUGAUGAGCACGUCUUUGAAGUCAUUUGCCCUUCUAUCCCUGGUUAUGGUUUCUCAGAAGCACCUCACAAAAAAGACUUCAAUUCCGUGAGCGCUGCCUCUGUUUUUUAUGAAUUGAUGCUCCGACUGGGAUUCAAUGAGUUCUACACCCAGGGUGGUGACUGGGGCUGGCUCAUCUGCACCAACCUGGCCCAGAUAGCUCCCAACCAUGUGAAAGGUCUCCAUUUAAAUAUGGUCUCAGUUUCGCGGCUGGGACUCACUCACCUGCUCUCCGUCCUGCUGGGCCGGUACUUCCCAGGGCUCUUUGGAUUCCAGGAUGAAGAUGUCAGGAGGAUGUUCCCCUUCUUGAAAAAAGGGCUCUACAGGAUCUUGUCUGAGUCUGGCUACGCUCACAUACAGGCUACGAAGCCGGAUACUGUUGGCUGUGGUUUGAAUGACUCUCCUGUGGGACUGGCUGCAUACAUCUUGGAGAAGUUUUCUUCAUGGACUGAUAUAGAAUUCCAGAAUCUAGAGGAUGGAGGACUAGAGAGGAAGUUCAGCCUGGAUGAUCUGCUCACCAAUGUCAUGAUCUAUUGGGUGUCAGGCUGCAUUGUCUCCUCCAUGCGUUUCUACAAAGAAAACUUGCAGAAGGGGAUAGGCACACAGAAACAUGAAAAGGUCACAGUACAGGUACCCACUGGCAUUGCCUCCUUCCCUAAUGAAAUCCUGCACACACCCCAGGCUUGGGCCAAGAAGCAAUACACCAACAUCAUCUCCUUCCACUUCAUGCCUCGAGGUGGCCAUUUCGCAGCAUUCGAGGAGCCUGAACUUCUUGCUAAGGAUAUUCUGCAAUUUGUUGACAAAGUAGAGAAAGAGCAACUCUGGAAAAAGAAAGGGGACUAACUUCCCUAGGAAACAGCAGGGGUAAUUACUUUUAGCUUAGCACGUGUACAGGGCUUACUAAGUUUACUGUAAUCCAUUGAAUUAGAUUUUAUUGUUGACCAAAUGUGAGCAAGGACAGAAAGAAAAAUGCAGUGUUUCUCCAUGAGAUACUGCCAUGGGAACCAAUGGAUUUUGGGUUGUGCCUUUUUUUGUUGUUGUUGUUCAUCUAGGCUAAGAAAGUAGCAUGAAGAGUACCUGGGUAUUUUCUAAAACAUGUUCUGUAGUAGUCUUGACUCUUGCUUUGAGAUUGAAAAAUAGAUCUCACAACUACAAAUGUACCUAGUAAUAGUUUAAUUGUUAUGAAAGGCUUUUUUUUUCAUGGCAGCAGUAAAAUUUGAGUUGCUGUGAGUAUGAAGUUCCUCACAUAAAGAGUGGGGAGCAGCCUGGCAGGAUCUACUUGCAUGAGCACAUCAAUCAGCAUUGAUCCACAGAAUGUUUAAACUGCCUUCUGCUGGCUGCUUUUCUCUUCCAGCCUGGGCUGUAAAAACCUCCUGGCUGUGAAGAAGCUGGGCUGCCCUGUGCCAGGCUCCUGGGAAAUGUGAGGAGCAGCUGAAACACACAGGUGCCUGUGGCUCAGUCCAGGAGGAGGGGCUGGGUAGGAGUAACUACAGCCCCAGCUCUGCAGUGAAUUUGUACUCAACUUAAAUCAUAGCCCUAGCUAGGCUCAACACACUGUGGCUUUGCACUGCUUUGGCAGGGUAUUGCAAACACCUCUUACUAAAGAAUAAAAACCUGAUGGAUUCAAAAUUAAAAGAAAAAGUGCAUUAAAUUUUUUAAUAA